AUGAAACUCUUUCUGUUUUUACUCGGACUGCUCCUCUCGCGCGAAGCUGCAGCCGCUCCGGCCCCGAGUCCGGCGAAAACGGUACUCUACCGCCUGGUGGUUGCCAAGGUCCCAUAUGCGCUUAGGACACCGUGGGCUGGCGAAGCUUUGGCAGACGUAUAUGUAUACCCAAGCAUCGAGCGUUCUUCCAUCAUAUUCACCGAUUCCUUGGACACCUUUCGUCACCCUUGGAUCUUAUCUUCACCCUGA